AUGAAAUCUCAUAUUUCUAAACCAGAGAAAGGUGAGAAGAUUCAAAUAUCUGCAUUAGGAAAGCUGAUUGUUCCUGAUUGUCCAAUAAUUCCAUUCAUUGAAGGCGAUGGUAUAGGCGUUGAUAUUACUCCAGUAAUGAAAAAAGUUAUAGAUUCGGCUGUAGAGAAGGCAUACAAUGGCAAACGCAAAAUUCAAUGGAUGGAAAUUUAUGCAGGUGCCAAAUCAUGCAAAAUAUAUGGUGAAAAUGUUUAUCUCCCAGAUGAAACGAUUGAUGCUAUUCGACAGUAUCAUGUCGCCAUUAAAGGACCAUUAAUGACUCCAGUUGGUGGAGGAAUCCGUUCUCUUAAUGUAGCAUUGAGGCAAUCCUUAGAUUUAUUCAUCUGUUUGCGUCCUAUCCGUUAUUAUGAUGGAACUCCAAGUCCGGUGAAACGACCUGAUUUAAUUAAUAUGGUUAUAUUCCGAGAAAACUCAGAAGAUAUAUAUGCAGGUAUAGAAUGGAAAGCCGGAUCAGAUGAAGCUAAGAAAGUAAUUAACUUUUUGCAAGAAGAAAUGGGCGUUAAAAAAAUAAGAUUUACAGAAGAUUGUGGAAUCGGAAUCAAACCAGUUUCUAAACAAGGAACACAAAGAUUAGUUCGUUCUGCUCUUCAAUAUGCAAUAGAUAAUGAUAGAAAUUCAUUGACAUUAGUUCAUAAAGGAAAUAUCAUGAAAUAUACAGAAGGUUCAUUCAAAGAAUGGGGAUAUGAAGUUUGUUUAGAAUUUGGAGCCACAUUGAUUGGUGAAGGUCCUUUUAUGAAACUUAAUAAUCCUAAGACAGGAAGAGAUAUUAUCAUUAAGGAUUGUAUUGCAGAUGCAUUUCUUCAGGAGAUUUUACUUCAUCCUUCAAAUUACGACGUCAUUGCAACACUGAAUUUAAACGGAGAUUAUAUCUCAGAUGCAUUAGCAGCACAAGUUGGAGGUAUUGGAAUUUCACCAGGUGCUAACAUCGGAAAUGAUUCAGCGAUCUUUGAAGCAACACAUGGCAUAGCUCCAAAAAUCGCAGGAAUGAAUGUUGCUAAUCCAGGCUCAUUGAUCCUUAGUGGUGAAAUGAUGCUUAGACAUCUUGGAUGGAUCGAAGCAGCAGAUCUUGUUGUUAAGUCUGUUUCAAAGACAAUCUCAAAUAAAACAGUUACAAAAGAUUUUGCAGAAAUGAUGGAUAAUUCAACACUCCGUUCAACAAGUCAAUUUGGUGAUGAUAUCAUAAAUAACAUGUAA